AUGUCCUUUAUCUUUGGGCGUCGGCGCUCCCAAUCUGACGUGGGUGACCACGAUACGGGAGUCAGACCGACAGUCGCACGCCACCCUUCCUUAGGUGCUUACCAAGAUGAAGACUCAGGCCGUUUCCAUGGCCUGUUUCGAAAAAGGAGCGAGAGCGCAUCUCCAAGUCCUCCUAAGCUCGCUGGGAGCUCGAGUCAGAGGGUUGUCCCAAAAAUCGACACGGAUGGCGCCGUUCGAUCCAAAAAAGGCCGCGAUGAACCUCGUUCUUUCCGAAUAGAUCUCCCGUGCAGUAAUCCAGGGAGCCCCGAACCGCCCGCUGCGAUCGCCCACGGGGAGCCGAAGCAGCCGACCAAUAUCCAGGACGCCCUGGACUAUCGACUGGACACGGCGUGUGGCUCUCAGGAUGGCACCACUGAUUCUAACGCCCCCCAAAAAGACGAAUACUGCUUUGCCAAGAAAGACGUCAAGGCUCUUUUAUCUGGAGCACCUCAUUUUCUUCUGGAAAGAGGCAAACACGGUCGUUGGUAUCCGCAAGUGAUAUUUCCUUGGGACGAACAUAGCCCAUCCAUCCAGCGCAUGUUGGAUCGCAAGCCCCUUUCGCAUGCAUCAUUCACGCUCUGUACUCUUCAUGCCCAUCUGCCAGUCCCGGAUGACUGGGCAGUGAAAGGAGGAGUACCAAUCCAAGUACAAGAUUGGCGCCGAUCCGGCGCUUCCAAACGAGCUACCUUCGAUGUUGGCGUGUUCGAGGUGCCAAACAUGCUGGCCAACAAUGGGCGAGAGCCGGGAACCGUUGGAUUCCGACAUUUCCUGGAGUUUCCAUUGGCCGAUGCAGUUCGAUAUACCCGGCCUCCCGAGAAACCUAGACAGGCGCCGAAUGUGCAGCGAGUGUCGACACUCCCGGCCACGGAAGCGUUCGAACUGAUGGACUCUUACAACAAGCCGUAUUCACAGUGUCAAAGCGGCGCCGUCUUUGAUCGACGUCAACUCAUUCGGGAUGGACCUUCGGCCUGGAAACGCAUCGGGGUCCGAGAUAUCAAUCUUCGGAUUCUGGCCAAGCGACUGGAUAACUUGCGACGGCUACGUUUGGAUAUACUGCAAGAUGGAUCGAUGGCCACGAUUCUGGACAUGGAAACCCCCCGUGAAAUGCAUAACAUUCUCCACACGUGCUUCCUCUAUCCUCGCCCGCCCCCAGCCGAUCUCCUGCCGAGUCAUCCCCAGAGCAUCAAGUCCCAAAUCAAGACCCUGGCCUCCGUAUUAGCUACACCUGGGGCCUGGAUCGAUUUCAGCAUGCCCGUGUGGCGUAUGCGAAUCGGUCAAAUUCUGUAUGAGGCACCGCCGCAUGGAGACGGGGACUGUGUCGAGCCUGGUGAAGGGACAUCUCGGGAGCCGUGGAUUAACUCUGGCAUGGAGCGCAAAUGGUUGCUGGUUCAACUGCUCCUGGCUGCAGAACUGCUACUCCGUCUUGAUGCCUUCGUCCGCAUUGGUAUGCUGGAUGAUCCUCACGGUGGCGAGAUCACGGCCCCGGAACUCCAUCACUUCGAUAAAUUGCGGGAGGGCAAAGUCAACUGGGAUCUGAUCGUCGUGCGUCGUUUCCUCGACAAUCUCGAGAUCACCUGUGGCUCUCAAUCCGACGCACCACCUGCCGCUGAUAGUCAGCCUCUAACGUCGACCGACAAGGCGCCUACAAAAUCCCGCCAUUUUGCCCUGUUCGACUCCAUCAGCCGUCGUAUCUCAUCCAAUACUGAACCUGACUUGCGCUCCGUCUGGCAGUGUCGAGUCAGCUCCCCGCACGUUCGACAGCAACUGGAAGGACUAUACGUCUUUGCCGAGAACAUCGGAUGGCCAAGGGUUGACACCGUCCGAUCUGCUUUCGAACAGAAACUGAAGAAUGGAAAGGAUCUGUUCUUUCCGCAUGAAGGGUUGCGCAGAUUGGAGAAUAACUCAGAGAGGCCAAUCGCGAAACCGCUGGACGAGGAGGAUAUGUAUACAUGCAGCCAGUCACGUCGAUGUGUUCAGCUACGCAGUUCAUGUCGUGAAGACGAUGAUCCUCAUGCGAGCGAGCCUCUGGGCUGGAUUUCUCGAAGCUUGCUCUCCGGACUGGUUGUUCCCGGCGGGCCAAUAUGCCAUCUGCUCAUCGGAACCCUUCUAGAAAAUGAUGCAGAUGCAAUUGAGCAACUGGGGCCAAAGGCCAACCUGUACGGUGGCUUUGUAUACAAAGGACGCAGCUACUGGAGUAAAGCUUCGAUCAUUGGGCGUGUACUGUCCAGUCUCGAGGGAGCCAAGACCUGCAUGGGCUGGUUGGGCAUCGACGUGCUUCCGCGCGAUGUGACUACGGAUGAGACCUUGGAGUCCGGGUGGUUUGAGGUCCGGGCCAGUGACAUUCAGUGCACGUCCGGACGACCUCGUAUCAAGCAAGCAGGGAAGCUUGUGCUGGAGUCAUCACCGUUGGGCAUGGGCGACAUCACUGCCGAGGCCUUUACAUUGCCUACCGAUCAACCAGUCCGGCCAGCAAUCGAUGUACAGCUCGAUGCUCUGAUACUGUCGAUAACCUCUCCCGGGAAGCGAAACGUCACGGUCAGUGACCGGGCCAAAGUCUCGUUUCUCCUUCACGAAUCUGUACAAGUGCAGACUACGGUUACCUUCCCUCUCUCAUAUCACGCGCGGUUCAUCUCGGCUCAUGAAUGUCGCCCACCGUUAGGGUUUACAGCCCAUCACCAGGACGGUUCGUCGGAGGAGCCGGGGAAAGCAAGGGAAUGGGGCAAACACAAGCGUCUACCAGGGCAUCCGCUGCACCGAUCUUUCCCGUAUAGGCAUAUCUCGUUGGAUUCCCUCGCCCACCAAUCAGCUCCGCAUGCUGAAUCGCCUUCUGAAAAGAGCCCCGAAGUUCUGGUGGUUGAUGCUCGCGGCAAUCGAAGCAAAGAGACCUUUGUCCGGGCAUGGUGUGCAUCCAUUGGCUGCCAUGCGGUGAUCGGCCGAGUGGGGAGAACGUGCGUCGCGUGCUGUGUUAGGGAGGCGAGGGCCUUGGAGGUUCAGGUGGUGGUGAGAGUGGGCGACAGCGCAGUCGAUGCCUUGGAUAGGUGA